AUGACAGUUGAUAAAUCUUGGAUGCAUCUUCCUACUAGAUCUUGCAUUGAGUAUAUUAAUGGAGUUGAAAACUUUCUUGAGUAUGCAUUUAAACAUUCAACAGAUGGAGAUAUGAUAAUCAACUGUCCGUGUAUUGAUUGUAGCAACAGGUAUCGUAGGACUCGGGAUGAGGUCCAAUAUCAUCUUUUAUUUAGGGGUAUAAGGAGAGAUUAUACUACUUGGUACCUUCAUGGGGAAGGUGAUAGUGAAGAGGAAGGUGAUAGUGAAGUGGAAGGUGAUGAUGAUGAUGGUAUGUUAUAUGGUGAUAUGUUUGAUAUGAUCAAGGAUGCUUAUCCACAAGUGGUGUGUGGCAAGGAAUCAAGUGAAAAUGAACCACAAGAGCCAAAUGGAGAUGCAAAGAAAUUUUAUAGAUUGUUGGAAGAGGUUAAAUAGCCUUUGUAUCCAGAUUGUGAAAAGUAUUCAAGCUUGUCCUUCAUAGUCAAGUUAUUGCACAUAAAGUGCAUAUCAUCAUGGAGCAACAAGUCCUUUAGUAUGUUGAUGGAGUUGUUAAAGGAUGCAUUUCCUAUGUGUGAGAGACUACCUAGCUCGAACUAUGAGGCAAAAAAGAUUGUCAACGAUCUAGGCCUU